CCUCUAGUGUGCUUGCGUCAUCUACUCGCGCCUGAACUGCUGUUUGAUUCGUGCUCGAGAAACAAAACGUGGCUUUCGCUCCUGACAAGAAACUAAUGAAUGUUAUCGAAUGAAGAUUCAAUCCAUUCACGGAAGAUACACAAUAGAUUGUAAAUAUUGAAAACGUUUUGUGUGAAGAGCGAGAUCAACACAACAAACUGUCUGACAACUGAACUGUCCUCGUGGAAACAUGUUUAAUGAGGAGGAAGACUGGAGUGACGAACAAGACGCUCAAACUUUGAGUCAAACUGUCUGUAAAAACAAACAGAAGGUGAACAGCGCUGAUGUCAAGUCCAAGCUUGUUGGGAAGAAGAGUCUGCUGCGGACCCUGCAAACUCUGGGAUCAAUACCUGAGUGGAAAUACAAUGACCACCAGCAGGACAGUGACAGCGAGAUUGAGGCAGAAGCAGCUUCGUCACCAACCAAGAGAAAGAAGAAGAGGAGGAAAAAGGGAAGACAUGCAAAGACAUCAGUGGAGCAGCAGGAGAAUGGAGAUUUGGAUCAGAGCAUCGAGAAGGAAAAACCUGUGGCAAGAAAGAAAAGUAAAGACAACAAAGUUGUGGCCAGGAAGAUAAAAACCAUGUCUGCAGGCGAGACAAAGGAUGAAGAAAUGACAAAAUCUGCAAAGAUGAACAUAAACAAACCAGGCGACACUGAGAGACUGAGUAGACAACAAUGGAAAAACAAGAUGAAGAACAAGAAGAAAGGUAAAAAUAAAUACCGCCAGAAUACGGAGGAGAAGAAUGAAACAGAAUCUGCAGAUAAACACAAGCCAAAGGAGGAAGUAAAAACAGAUUCAUGCAUCAACAAAAACAGUCAAAAACCCACUGAGACCACAGGUCCAAAAAAGAAAAGUGAGACAGAACGUAAACUACAGAAAAGGAAACAGACUGACGAGGACAGUGGCAUAUUGUGUGCACCAGAAAUACUGAGAGAGGAAAAGCAGCGGACUGAAAAACAGAACAAAACAAAGGGUGGUUUUGAACACGCUAAGAUCACAGAUGAUCUGCAGCAGUUACCUAAUAAAAGACUGAAACCCGAGCUGAGCAAAGAACAGAUUCUGAAACGAGAGAAGCUGCGGAAAAUGCUCCAGGUCAAAGAACCAGACCAACGAGAGAGUCCCGCAGAGCAGAAAGACGAGCAGGCGGCACCAGUGGAGGAGGUGAAGCUCGACCGCUCCGCCUCCCUCAGGUUGCGCAUGGAGCAGCGCUUGGAGUCGGCCCGUUUCCGUUACAUUAACGAAGUGUUGUACAGCACGUCCAGCGGCGACGCCAAGCGCAUGUUCAAGCAGGAUCCUCAAGCCUUCUGGAUCUACCACAGAGGAUACACCACACAGGUCCAGAAAUGGCCCGCCAACCCGGUGGACGCCAUCAUCUCCUACAUUCAGCUAAAAUCGCCCUCUAUGGUGGUUGCAGACUUUGGUUGCGGCGACUGUAAAAUAGCUCGCAGUGUGGAGAACAAGGUGCACAGCUUCGACCUGGCAGCUGCCUGUGAGCUGGUCACAGUCUGUGACAUGGCCAACGUGCCGCUUCGUGACUGCUCUGUGGACAUCGCAGUGUUCUGCCUCUCCCUCAUGGGGACCAACCUAGCAGAUUUUUUAGCAGAGGCCAAUCGAGUCUUAAAGAUGGGGGGUGUGCUUAAAAUAGCAGAAGUGGCCAGCAGGUUCGACAACGUGCGGAGCUUCCUCACUGCUCUGGCUAAUCUGGGAUUCAAGUUGGUUUCCAAGGAUACGGAGAACACUCAUUUUUACUCCUUUGAAUGUGUGAAGUCAGGAAAUGCUCCAGAAAAUGUUAAGAAGUUUGGACUUCAGCUGAAGCCUUGUCUGUACAAGAAAAGAUGAGGAAGUUAGAGAACUUCAUAGAAAUUAAAAUUUUUCAUUUCAUUUUCCAACAUGUUGUUUCUGUUUGUCAUUUUUUAAAGUGAUAUACUUUCAUUUAAAUGUGUCACAUUCUGAUGAUACAGGUUUGGUCACAGACUCCAACGUGGUUAAAUUAUGUUUAUUGUAUGUACAUGCUUUGUUUUACCUGAAGUGUCCUUUCUGAGCAGAAACAGCUCAGGUUGAAUUCUCUGAUUUAUGUGGAAUAAAUCGUUAAGUCAGAAGUGAAACCUACAUACACAGCUACAUGACUCACUCUGUGUACCCUGAUCAUUUAGGCAAUUUAAUACAAAUGUCAUUUAAAUUUAAAAUUGUUAUAUGGUUAAAAAAAAGUCUUUGACAUGCAAUUGUUAAUGAUGCAAAAUACAAACUUAAAAAAUGAAUCUGGUGUGUGCGUGUUGAACAACUUUAGGAGCGUAUGGUUACUUUAAAUUGUUUUGAUCUGUUUUAUUCAUUCCACACAUGUAAACAGACAAACACAGGAAGACACCUACAGUACAUAUUCCUGACAUAAAUGCAAAUAAAUCUGACAUCCACUUUGUUUAUGAUUACAA